AUGAAGGAGCAUUACAGGGCUGAGCGGGCAGCGCUUUCAGUAUCGGCUGAUACGACGGAUCUUGAGAGUGUGCCUUGGGCCCAGAGCCAGCAUACCUUCACGUCGUACGAGAAUAAGAAGGAGUCAAGAGCAGCCCAACCUGCGGAAAACCCAAGCACCACAACACAAAGACCUGCUGUGAUGCCACAGAGUAAGAGCUACUUCCCAGCUGGCGAGAAACGAGUGCCAAGUUCACCUCGGCCUGUUCUUAAUAAGCAAGCGCUCGAAGAGCACGAUGCCGUUGAACAGCGACAACCAAUUCCAAAUUGGGGGGUACCAGUUGGCUUGCGCCCUGAAGCAAAAGGCCGAGUACUCCCUAUGUUGCAGGAACUGGAACUUGAGGCCGAUCCACUCAUUGAUCAUAACGGUAUCAAGAGUGUCAUCGAACGCGGUAAAGUCAUUGCCUUGACUCGCAGCUACCCUUAUCUUGAUCCCGCCUUCGACGAGAAAUCCAAAAAGAAGUCAAAUAGGCCCAACCCCACACGAAUUCAAUCAAGCGCGAAGUUAUCUUCUUUUCUGGCCACUGCAAUAGAGGCGCGGCCACCAAGUCAUAGGUCAACGACAACAGGUGGCGAUAGGAUGUCCAAGCGCUCGAAUUUACUCACAUUCCCGACCCCUUCACCUGCUGUCCGGGUAGACCCUUCAGAAAUUCCAUUUUUCACGGAUGCGAUGGUGGAUGAAGACUCGUUCAACCCGGGUCGCAGUCCUAUUGAUUACACCAACGUUCAACCUCCUACUAUAGGCGUGGACAAUUCGUGGACUGUUCUUCAUAUCCCAUCAAAACAUAUAUUACUCUCGAAACCAGCUGGAACCUUCAAGCUGAAAUCAGCGGCGUUAGCACAGAAGACUGCUUCCUGUGGUCGUGCGGACACGACGGCAAGGUGGGGCUUCUCCGCGCCGCCGUCUCGAUCCGAUUUACUUGAAGAUAGUCGUCAUUACCCUGUAGCUAUCUUAUCUAUUUUGAGUCCUCUCAUACCCUAUCCGUCAAAUUUGCGAUAUUCUCUAGAGCACCUGGCUUCUCAUCUUGCAACAUCGUUCUCGCUGUGUCAGCACUACUCCGACUUAGAGACCAAAGUAUCUGGGCUGCAACGGAAAAGACCCGCCACAGCUGGUUUUGGUGUACUUGGCCCUGUUGAGCGCCCUUUCGCGGGUCCUGUUCUACAUGCACAGAUGAAAUACACGCCAUCAGACCAUCCAUGGCAACAAUCUAUUGCUGGGAGCAUGACAAGCCCCAGUGAGGCAUCAGGUGCAACACGCAGUGCUGCUCAUUCACCCGGAGGGUCGAUCGAGUGGGACCCAAACUCCUUCGGUCUGGCGGUGGAAAACCGGACAAGGAGCACAAGUCUUGGUAUGGUUGGUGGUGACGGCUACUUCGCCGCUGCCGCUCAGUCAGUAGCUGCAAGCCAAGAUGUCGCGCCAGGCACCCCUGGCUACCGCCCUGGACGAGGCUCUGAGGAAACUCCGCCGUCGCUCAAAAAACCAAACGGACAGACAGGCAGUGGACAGAGCAUUCAACCAAAUACACCUGCGGGCGUAGACUUCACCAGCGCUUUGCAUAUUCCCCACGAAAGAACAUUUCAUUAUCCCGCAAAGGAACAAGCCGCCCUCAAGGAGAUCGGCCAAGCCCUGCUCGGAUCCAAUAAUGGGCAAAGCAGUCAGAGACACACGAAAUUGCACUCAUACGGUGCUGAUUUUGCCACAACCUUCCAGUCCUUACCCUCAGUUACCUGGGUAAAUCAAAUACCGGCGCGGGAAGACAAAGUCAGCAUGUUGCCUCCCUCAGAUAGGUUGAAGGGUCUCAUGUUGGACUCCUUACCGGUUCACGUCUUUGUGGCCUGGCCAACCACGGGAGAAAUAAUGUGGGUCAACGGCAGAUACCUGUCAUAUCGAGGUAGGAGAAGAAGAAGUGGUGAGGCAAAGGACCACCACGCACCCCGCUGA